AAAUAAAUGAGGGGUCAAUCGAGUUCAAAAUGGAGUUAAGGAGAUGGAGCAAAUGAAAUGUCUAUGAUGUUUCUUCUGAAUAACACACUUCAGCACUAGGAUACAUCUUUCAGAACAUUAUGUGUACCCUCUUCAAUAGUUAGUGAAGAAUUCUGGAUUAUUAAAAAAAAUCAAAAUGCCACGUAAACGACGAAGAGAUAAAUCUGAAGUCAGUUGCUGUAUCAAAUAUCUGAUGUUCGGAUUUAAUGUGCUAUUUUGGUUUAUUGGUGCAGGACUUCUAGGAAUAGGAUUAUGGGCAUGGACAGAAAAGGACAUGUUUCAGAAUAUCAGUAAAUUAACAAACAUUGCUCUGGACCCAGCUCUAUUAUUCAUUAUAUCUGGUGGUGUUAUGUUUAUAAUUGGGUUUGCUGGCUGUAUUGGAUCACUCAGGGAGAAUUCAUGUCUACUUUUAUUUUUUAUGAUAGCAGUUGGUUUGAUAUUUUUUAUUGAGUUACUAUUGGGAAUAUUAGGAUUUGUUUAUAAAGAUUGGGUAAAGGAUCAGAUACAAGGACAAGUACAGAAUAUGAUAGUUAAUUAUAGAGAAGAUGAUGAUCUACAGAAUCUUGUAGACUGGGUUCAGAGAGAUUGGCUACAUUGUUGUGGAGUGUAUGCAUAUAAUGACUGGCAGAGUAAUAUGUAUUUCAACUGUUCAUCACCAGGUGUUGAAGCUUGUGGGGUGCCAUUUUCAUGUUGUCAACCUACUGAUGAUGUGAUUAAAAAUCGACAUUGUGGAUAUGAUAUGCUUAGAUCAUCACAUGAUUAUCACAGGACGACUAAAAUUUAUACAUUAGGUUGUAUACCAUCUGGAGAGAAGUGGUUAGAAUCUAAUCUAAUACCAGUAGCUGGAGUAGCUGUAGGAAUAGCAUUACUGCAGAUACUAGGAAUUUGUUUUGCUCAAAACUUACGAAGUGAUAUACAAGCACAGCGAGCUAAAUGGCACUACUGACAAUUAAUGGGUGGUGUACAAGCCAAUGUGCCAGUUACACCGGUUUGAAUGGAAAUCUCUCAUUACGUUUUUUUUUUCUUUAGUGACUGUAACUUUUUAACACAGUGAAAAUAUAUAGAAAAAACUACAUGUAAACAAUUAUUAUAGAUAAUUAGUAUUCAAAAUGGAAAAUUUAACACAAGAACCUCAUUCAGUACAAACCCAUACCACUUUAAAUUUUGAAAUUGGUAUAGAUUAUUUUAAGUUAGGCUUAUUGAUUCUUCCGUUAGAAUAAUAUCCGUUGAACAUCUAGUCUAGUUUGGCUAUUUUUCUUGUGAAACAAUUCUUGUAAUUAUUAUCAUUGUUAUAAAUGACAGUCAUUGUAUAUAUAUAGAGAGAAUGUAUGUAGUUUAUUGUGUACCAUAUGAGUAGGUUUUAAAUAUACUUGUAAAUGUAUCAUUUUCAUGAGACUAUAUCCUUCCUGAAAAGAGGAAUUAUAACUUGAAACAAGUUAUGGGUAACCGCUAUGUAUUUGGUACAUGAACUGCUGAAUUUUUUUUGCCCUCUUUUAUUUUUAACACAAAAACACAUUGCUUUUAGUCUUAUGUAAAUGUACUAUUUUAAUCUUCAUAUGGAACUAAACUACUUAAUCAAAUUAUUGUAUGUUUAUCAUAGUUCACAAGUUGAACAUUGUUAAAGAAAACCAUCAGUAAUUGAAUUCUAAUUAAAACUACACGAAAAUUCAACAUCAACAUUCAAUGAUAAAACUUUAUAGGAAAGCUUAAUUUAUUUUACCAAUAAAAGCUCUUUUAGUACCAUGAACUUUUUUCUAGAAAAAUUUAUUUUUUACUAAAAUGUUAUUUGGUACAAAUUUUAUAAUAUUGUUUUCUGCCAUAUGUGUACAUUCAUGUGUUUAAAAGGUGAAAUCGAAGUCUGCACAAAUUGCUGUGAAAGAUACAGGAAUUUAGUAGAUUGCAUAUCAGUAUGUGUAAGUUUGAUCUCUUGAACAUCUGUAGAAACUGGCUAUUGUGAAACAAUAAAUUAAUGCAUUAAAUGUGAUGUAGCUAAUGAUUGUUAUUGAAAUUAAGAAGAUAAUAAACAGUGAUUAGUGAGAUGGUAGGCCAUACUUGUUAAUAUCUGAUUGAUAAACAAAACUAAUGAUGUAAUUAUCAGAUAUUUAAUCUAUUGGUCACGGCACAUUUUUCUUUAACUAACAAGAUGUCACUCAGCUGUAAUGUUGGAUUUAGUGAUUUGCAUUAAUUUCAAUGUGUACUUGUGUCAUACCUGUUUAGUUUACGUUAAUUUCAUGUUUUACAAUAUAUAUAUACCCAAACAGUUAGUUUGGUAAGAUGUUUUACUCUCUUUAAACAUGAUAUACUUCAAUAUUCAUUCAAUCAGCAUGGUGUCCAUGAUAACUGUUAAAGCUAUAAACACCUGUAAAUAUAUAUAUGAUAUCAUGUAUUGUUUACCUCACUAUACUUACAUGUAGCCAGACACAUUUAUUUAAAACUACAUAUAGUUUUCCUUUUCCAUGAUCUAAUUCUAAAGUUUGUGUCUUUCAAAUUCUAGGGGGAUAUCAUUGAAUCCUUAAACAUACAUUAUGCAAGAGCUAAAUCUGCCAAUUGCAGGUCUUUCUUUAGGCCUGAAAUGUUAUCUUAAUAUUAACAAGCCAACAGUGAGGCUGAUGUCCCCCGCCGAAAUAGGAAAAUAAUUAGAGGACACAUAUAAAUUUAUCACAAAUUAUCUUUUACAAAGUAUUGAACAAUCAAACAGUAUAUCUUUACUUCCAAAGUCUCGACCAAUCAAAUUGCGUAUCGCUCUGCUUACCCUGAGCAGAAAAUGCUCAUUAUCAAACUUAGUCAAGGUAUUACUGUAAUGAAACUAUACACCAAGUUUCAUCAAUCUCACUUAAUUAGAACUAAAGUUAUCGUGUCCCAAAGCAUCAACCAAUCAAAUUGCUUAUCUCUGCUUACCCUAAGCGGAAAAUGCUCAUCUUCGAACUCCAUCAAGGCAUUGACCUAAUCAACACAUACACCAAGUUUGAACAUUCUAGCCCAAUUAGGAAGAGAGUUAUCGUGUCCCAAAGCAUCAACCAAUCAAAUUGCUUAUCUCUGCUUACCCUAAGCGGAAAAUGCUCAUCUUCGAACUCCAUCAAGGCAUUGACCUAAUAAACACAUACACCAAGUUUGAACAUUCUAGCUCAAUUAGGAAGAGAGUUAUUGUGUCCCAAAAAGUGUGACGGACAGACAGACGGACGGACAGACAGACAGACAGACAGACGGACAGACAGACAGACAGACAGACGGACGAACCCAUUUUAAUAGUCCCCUGCUUUCUUCGAAAGGCGGGGGACAAUUAGACUAAUUAACUUAUCCAGACCAUAAUCAACUCUCAAUAGCAUCGUUAACCUGCAAUAUUUACUGUAUUAGAGAACCCAGUCUGCUCUGAUUAAUUAAAAAAACUAAAUAAUCGAGACUAUGUUUUUUUAUCAUACCGACUUUAGUGAUGAUGAUCAAGGCUAGAUCCAAAAUUCCAACUCGGUUCAGAGUUGAUCAAUUUGACUGAAAUUCUCAGUAAAAUUCCCUUUACAUUAUCUAAUUUUUAACUAUUAUAGUAAGAACUACCAGCCCUUUAUCUAAUCUCCUAUAAUGUAUCUUUAAUUUUGUUGUAGCUUACAGAAGUACUUCUUUUUUGAUUUAGGUCAAAAUAAAGUAUCGAAUUGGGUAUAUCUAAUGUCUUAUUUUGAUUAGCGAUGUGGAGCAAGCUCUGUAUGCUUGUUUUGAAAGUAUGAGCAGAAGUUAGCUUGUUUACUAAAUUUGGUUAAAGUGGAACACAAAAUGCUUAUCUAUGGAUGUCAUAUUUUCAACAAAGACAAAUUGUCAUUCAUCAAAUUAACAAAUAAAAUCCAGUGAAAUUGACAAUUUAAUUUUGACCCAAAUCAAAGAGGUUGUGUCAUUUUUAAUAUAAACACUCAAGUAAUUUAUUUGUCUAUUUGAUGAAACAAGCAUGAUGAAUAGAUUUUGCAUAAAUAUCAGUGUUGUAUAUUUCAUAUGAUAUAUUAAUACACAGCCAAAGUGUUGGUACAAUAGCCUAACCUUUUAUUUUAAGACUAGUUGUCAUCUGUAAAGUCAAUCUUUACAAAAUUCAGACAUAUUUAAAGCAAUGUGUAAAUAAUACUCUAAAAACAUAAAAUGUAAUAUAUUUUCUCAAGUUCUAAUUGCUGUAACGAUUGAUCUUUUUCUAAAAAAAUGUUUUAAUGAGAUCUAUUGAAAAGUUUGUGUUUUGUAAGUCAAUCAAAAGAAAAAAACAUUAAAAUCUAGUGACUUUUUCACAUCUGUUACUCAGGAUACAUGUACUUAAUGUUGUCUUGUAGAUAAGUAAUAGAAGGUCUUACUUAACAAAUUAUAUUUUCAUAACCAAUAGUGUCUGCAUGUUCAUAAAUGUAUUGUAAUAUGUCAGUUUAUCAAGCAUCAUUUUAAUUUUAUUAUUAGAUAAUUUUUGUGUUCCUAAACUGUUUUAACAGUCUUGUUUCAUUCAUAACCUGUUGAAUAUGAUUUUCAAAGUGAGAAACUAGUAAACAACAGUAAUUGUUAACAUGGUGAAUUAUCCAGGUAGGAAUAUAAUUGAAAUACACCAAAGAUCAAAUAUCAUUAUUAUUAAUAAUUGUGUUCACAUAUUUGUUAUCAGUCAUGAAUUCACUGGGACAGGCACAGAGAGCUUUUAAAUGGUUGUUUUUAUAUACCAAUUCACCGCCCAUUUAAUUAUUCAUAUCAAGUUUUUGAACUAUUUAUCAACAUUAUUUAUUCUUUGGAAAGUGACUUAAAAUAGACAUAAAAUAACUGGCCAAACCUAAAAGGGUGUGUGGACAUCCAACCCUUGGAUAUUAACAGUAAAGUUAACAGAAUCUCUUUUGGUUUCUCCUGUAGUGUAUGUGAUAUUCUUUGAUUUUUUUUAGAAGAAUUGUUAGUGCUAAUUAUAUUCUAGUACAUGUGAAUUUUUAGUCACCCUUUUAUCCUUGUCAUCACCAUUAUAUAUAUAUAUAUACACUUGACUUCAAUUUCUUGUCAUGUUGUAUCUCUAUUUAUUACCACAUUGUUUUUAUUCUAACUCACAUCUGUUAAAAUGCUGUUAUAAUUUUGCUUAAAGUACGGAAAUACUCAUAUAAAUAAAUUGUAGGCCUACUUAGGUUUUUUUUUUCUUGUGGGAGACUUUUAUAUUCAGUUUAUUUAUAAGAUCAUUUAAUCAUUCAUUUAAUAAAGAAAUAAGACCUU